CAUUGCGGACGUCUCAACACAACUUCCUUUCUACUCAAACGCCUCGAUCCCCUGUCUAUAUUUACUAUGGAACCUCUCGUCAUGGCCGUUUUUGAUCCCUCUACACGAAAGCCAAGGCUCGUUCCAAUACCCAUUCCCCAAACGACAACCGGGCCUAUCGUAGCCAGCACUGUCUUCUCCUAUACUCCAACCAACAGAAGCGUGUCCUCUACAGUGUCUCUUGGUGAUUCCAUCGAGCUCAAGCCGCCAUUGCCCCUGAUACCUGCUUCCUAUCGUCAGUCGUCGUGCCAUGAUAUAGGGGAAACCACGAACAAACAAGAGGCGAGUCCGGUUCUCGAGGACACACGCUCAGUUUCGUCGUCGAAGCGAGUCCAGCAGGGCAACCCCUCUUGCCCGGACCCCGGGGCGGAUCGCGUCCGAGGCCUCUCAAACCGGUGGAAAUCGGGAUUUGAAGACAAAAGAAACUAUGGUUCUUCCGCUAAGAGGGAAGGCUACCGUGGCAUCGGCUUCAUCAGUUGGGAAAUGUGCAAGGGGUUGAUCGUCUACGGUGCGCCCAGGGAGAUGGAUGUCAUAGCCGGUCACCAGUCACUACCACAUCGCCAUUGGUACAGGACUCUCACAAGGUGA